UAUCCUGCAGUCACUAUACACCUGGAAAGAAUGGCUACCACUGCUACUCCUGAGGUUCUCUGGGCGCAACGCUCAUCCAGCACUGAUGCUGAGAAGAACUUUGUCUACCUGACAAUCACUGUCCCCGACGUCCCUGCUUCCAGCAUGAAGCUCGACCUCAAGCCCAGCGGCCUGACCUUCACCGGCCACUCUGAUACCCUCAAGAAGACCUACCACCUCGAGCUGGAGCUCUAUGCCGAGAUCGACGAGAAGGCCUCCAAGGUCAACCAUACUGGCAAGAAUGUUGAGCUCAAGCUGCAGAAGAAGGAGCUGAACGAGGCCUACUGGCCCCGCCUGCUCAAGGAGGCAAAGAAGGUUCAUUUCCUUCGCACCGACUUUGACAAGUGGGUCGAUGAGGACGAGCAAACCGAGGCUGUGGAGGAAGACUUCUCGCAGUUUGGUGGCAUGGGAGGAAUGCCUGGUAUGGGCG